CGGUCAACAAGAUACGGCGACCAGGAUCUGCUUUUGUGUAUAAGAUGCUCCAACUGACCAAAAGACGCAUUCAUGUUAUUUUCUUUGACCAUAAACUAAACUCGGAGCGUGUCGUGCAUCUGAAUGUUUAUCAGAACUUUGUUUUGAGCGCCAUGAAGAUGCAUGGAUACAUUAGCGAGUGGGGUAUAGACUCAUCUAAGCGCGGAAAAAUGGUCUAUCGUACCGUAAAGCAGAUGAUCGCGUACUUCUAUGCGUCGUUCCGAAACACGUCGCGAACACAAGUGGCCAAGAGUCUCGAUGCGAAAAUUACCGUGAACAAGGCCGAGGUCGACUGGCUCGGCUGUAAUGCAUUCUAUACUGUUCUCUUACGCAAGCCGAGAGGGUAUGCUUGGGUUCUAAAGGAGCUUCGUGGUGAUAUAGGCAGACUGAAGGGCUCCCGAUGUAGGAAGCGGUUCCGUGGGCUGUUCGCUGAAGGGCUUGGGAGCAUGGAGCAGAUAGCCUACUAGAGAUCCCGGGAUGGCGGAGACUAGGUUCGGGCCGAUUACAUAGAUCCGGCAAUUGUUACAACCGGGAAUUUCAAGGAUUUCACAGCUAUGAUCACGCCUCGAAGAUUCAUCAGCAAACCGACUCUAUUUAUUGCUUUGAGAUCGUCCUGCUCUCAUCAUCGUAG